AUGAUUUCUGGGGACUCUUCUUGCUUCCCUAGAGUGCCACAAGGCUUGCAUAUGUAUCAAGGUGUGACAGAGGAUGUUGCUUCUUCAACUCUUGAAGCAAGUUCCAGUUCAGAUACUCACUCAAAUUCUCUUCUCUACAAUCUCUCCCUUCUCAAAGACAAGGUUCAUCAACUGCAGUCAUUGGUUAGCAUCCUUAUCUCACCAGAUCAAAGACAGCCUCACGAGUCAACUUCUAUAGCCUUAGCCAGCAUGAGCUCCAUGAUUCAAGAAAUAAUUGUUACUGCAUCUUCAAUGAUGUUCACUUGCCAACAGAUUGGUAUUGGUAACGAUUCAGGCAAUAAUGUUAGCACAGAUAACUUGCACCAGCUGCGUGCCCGGAAGGCUGCAGAAAGUUCCUUGUUAUCACAACCAAAUUUUGGUGGCAAUCACACUGGUGACAUUGGCCAAGAAAGAGUGCAAAGCUUCUUCUCUUCCGAAUCGUUUGACUGGUACAGUGAUCCUAACUAUAAUAAUAGCUGUAAUACUAUUGACAGUAAUCGGGGAAUCCAUGUUAGCAGCAACAAUAGGGUGGAUAUCAGGAAAGAAAUAUUGUCUCAAGCGGGUGAAAAUAUUGGUGAAGGUUCCCAAGGGGAACUGCCGAAGAAUUGUGAUAUUAUCGAAUUGGAUGCAGCGGAUUUAUUAGCUAAGUACACUCAUUAUUGCCAAGUUUGUGGAAAAGGGUUCAAGCGUGAUGCUAAUUUGAGGAUGCACAUGAGAGCUCAUGGUGAUGAAUACAAGACUAGUGCUGCUUUGAUCAAUCCGAUGAAGAACAAUACAAGUGCCACUGAAAAUAAAGAAGCUUCAAUGAAAUUGCCUAGGAAGUAUUCGUGUCCACAGGAAGGGUGUAGGUGGAACAAGAAACAUGCCAAGUUCCAGCCAUUGAAGUCCAUGAUUUGUGUCAAGAAUCAUUACAAGAGGAGCCAUUGCCCCAAGAUGUAUGUUUGCAAGCGGUGCAACAGGAAGCAAUUCUCGGUGCUGUCUGAUCUAAGGACUCAUGAGAAGCACUGUGGGGAUCUCAAGUGGCUGUGCUCUUGCGGUACAACAUUUUCAAGGAAAGAUAAGCUUAUGGGUCACGUUGCCUUGUUCGUUGGGCACACUCCAGCUAUAAGUGGUUUGACGAAACCUGCAAAAAUCGAGAACCAAGCAAUGCAAACGAAGUCAGAUCAUGAUAGGUAA